AUGCCCUUCAAUCAGCGCAAGGGCUUCAGGAAAAGAGGCGGACAUGGUGGUCCAAAUGAAGCACCAAUCGGCACACGUCACUCAAACCGCAAUGAAGUAUUCGAUCGCUCGAAUAUCCAACGUGGUUCUCGAAGCGAUACUGCACCACCAGAUGUUAAAAGGCAGCGCAUAGGUCAGUCCCGGUACAGUGGUUCCCGUUAUCAAGAUUCACAUACAUCCACAGAAUUACCGAGGGAGAAAAGCCAUGUUAAUGGCCUACAGCUGCCUACCGGUCCUAAACUCAUGAAAAACCAUUCUCGAUACGAUCCAGGUCCGCCGAAGCCCAAACUUGCCCCUGUUAGUGUGCUGGUGCGCGAACAAGAGUCCUCCGUCUACGAACGAAUUCAACAGGUCGGAGAGGGUACAUACGGAAAAGUCUACAAGGCCAAAAACACUGUGACAGGACAACUUGUUGCUCUGAAGCGGUUAAGGCUCGAAGGCGAACGAGAAGCUUUCCCGAUCACUUCCAUUCGUGAAAUAAAACUACUGCAAAGUUUUGACCACCGGAACAUCAGCACGCUGUCCGAGAUCAUGGUCGAAUCUCAAAAAACUGUGUACAUGAUCUUUGAGUACGCAGACAAUGACUUGUCUGGGUUGCUCAUGAAUGAGCAGAUUCGACUGUCGAACGCCAACUGCAAACACAUUUUCAAAAGUCUAUUGGAAGGCAUUCACUAUUUGCACGACAACGGCAUUCUGCACAGAGAUAUAAAAGGCUCCAACAUACUUAUAAACAAUAAGGGGCAACUGAAGAUCACGGAUUUCGGGCUGGCACGGAAAAUGCGGGACGAUUCAGAUUACACCAAUCGAGUCAUUACUCUGUGGUACAGACCGCCAGAAUUGCUGAUGGGGUCGACAACAUAUGGAACCGCGGUGGACCUAUGGGGAUGUGGGUGCUUGCUGGUGGAGUUGUUCCAAAAAGUGGCAAUUUUCCAGGGCACGAACGAAGUUGAGCAACUAAAUGCCAUUUUCGCUGUAAUGGGAACACCAAGCGUUGAGCAAUGGCCGAACUUGUUCGAUAUGCCAUGGUUUUUCAUGAUGGUUCCGCAACAAGGAUGCAAAUUCGAAUCCAAGUUUGACGAGCUGUAUGGAAAGGUGCUUCCCACCAGCGCGUCAUGCGAUUUAGCCAAGGGGCUACUUCUUUACGAUGAAGCGAAGAGGCUCUCAGCGAAGGAAGCCCUUAAACACCAAUAUUUUCGCGAGGAACCGCAACCCGAGCCCCUGGACCUCACUGGAUUCGACGGAUGGCACGAGUUUGAGGCUAAAAGACACAGGCGCAAGGAAAGAGAAGAACAAAAACGGCGUGAGAAAUCGGAGCCAAAAUCUCCGUGA